UUUCAUCGUCACACCAUCAUCGGUUGCAGUCGUAUUUCUAUCCAGCGUCGAAAUGGCGAUCUUUCUUUCCCUCAGCUUUCUUCUGUUCAUUUGUCAGAACACUGAGGUGGAGGGCAUGGUGCGAACUUACGGUCAAAACUGUGAGGACGGGGGCCCAUGUUUGGGCGCGCAUGUGAGCUGUCUGGCGACCGGAGUUUGUGGCUGUUCAUCCGCAGACGACAUGAUUUACGAUCACAGCAUUCGAGAUUGUGUGGCCAAUUUGGGGAAGGUCUGCGGCCUAGACUCGGAAUGCAUUGAGGGCGCUUUGUGCAUUGAAGGCAUUUGCAAAUGCGAAUACGGAUUUUAUGCUUCUCCAGAAGGAAUUUGUGUUCCGAAGAAAGCACACAAGGAGUUUUGUAGUAGCGAUUCGGAGUGCGGAAUAUCGAGGAAAAUUGGGGUUGGAAAUUCUGGCGUGGCCCACCAUCGACCCCUCAUCUGCCUCGAUGGAGUUUGUCAGUGCGACAGGAAAGUCAGCAUAUUUUCCGAGACGAGGGGAUUUUGCGUUGGUCUUGUCGACAGCCAGUGUUGGGGAGGUGACUGCACGGCACAUGCUGAAUGCAGGAAAACGCCCCUGGCUGCUGGAAGGAUGACCUGUCAGUGUGAGACUGGGUUCACCAAGGCGAGCCAAGGCCUCUGCGGACUGGCAUUUGAUAAAAAUUGCGGUCAAACUUUGACCUCUCCAAAUACUUGCUCAGACCUCCACUUUAUGUGCAUCGAUGGAAAAUGUACUUGCAAGUACCCCCUGCACCAAGUUUAUGACGACAAAUCGAAAGAAUGCCUCAGUUUGGUCUCUGGUCCGUGCACUUUCCCCCGAAAUAUUCAACAGAACUUUAGCCACAUUCAUCACUUUCAGAGAUGCAUAAAGAAUGCACAGUGCGUGGACAAGGGUUUUUACUCGGAAUGCGAAUGUAAGAAGAGAUACCAAGCAACACAAGCGGGGUCUUGUGCCCCCGGUUUUGGGGAACAAUGUGAACCUGGGAGUUGUGAUCCGGAUGACGUUUCUCAGUUAUACUGCAGAAAUGGAGUCUGCAACUGCUUGGACUUUCUACAAGUGUAUGAUCCCCUUAUCAAAAAGUGCCGUGGUCUCGUCGGAACGCGGUGUACAGAAAAAUCUCCUUUCUGUACGGAAUUUGCGAGUUGCGUCAUCCCAAAUCCGAACCUUCCUGGAAAGUGUUUGUGUGACAAAUACUCUCGGGAGGUCGGCAAUCGAACGUGUGAAUAUCGUCCUGCUUAAAACAAUGGCUUCUACUUUCCAUUUAUUAACUUAUUUAUUUUUACAGGUUCCUAAAAAUAUAAAAUUCCAGUUAAAUAAACCGUCGUAAACGCACAUACGUAAGUAACUUCA